UUAGUCAAAGCCGCCGCCGCAAACAGGAUCCUUUACGUACCUUCGAUAGCAUCGAGCUUAUUCAUGGAAGAGAUCGCCACGGCUAAGCCACACGAGGACCAGAUCUAUGUAUCAACCAAUGAAACUGAGAACAAAGCUCUCUUUCAGCGAAUCGAGCAAACAGGAGCAAAAGCUCUGGUUCUCACUGUCGACUCUGCAGGAGAUCGCACACCACAUCGGGUGGUACGCUACGUUCCAGACAUCAACAUAACCCGUGGAGACGAAUUUCAUUACAUGACGUGGGACUUUUUCCAGGAGAUCCAGAGCCUUACUAGACUUCCCAUUAUACCCAAGGGUAUUCAGUCUGUCGAGGAUGCAAAGAUGGCGGCCAAGAUUGGCGUCCGAGCCAUAUUCUUGUCGAACCACGGCGGCCGGGCCCUUGACGGCUCACCGUCGGCAUUUGACGUCACUCUGGAGAUUCGACAGAAAGCUCCAGAGAUUUUCGACCAAAUGGAAGUCUACGCGGAUGGGGGAAUCCGAUACGGAACAGAUGUCUUGAAAUUACUUGCGCUGGGCGUCCGCGCUGUUGGCCUUGGACGACCUUUCAUGUUUGCAAACAUGUACGGGGCAGCCGGCGUUUCAAAAGCCUUGAAUCUCCUGCGACAGGAGACCAUCAGCGCUGCAGCCAAUGUCGGGGUGGCUGACAUUCAGAGGGUUACACCCGAAUAUGUGGACUUUUGA